CUUCUCAUCGUCUGAUCUGUGGCUUUUGAUGAGACAUGGUGCUGCCUGACAAAACCUCCAGAGCAUCUGCUCCCAAGAAGAUCCGAGAGCAGCAUGCCCUAAGGCACCAGAACCUGCCCUCCCCGGCUCUGUGCUGUGCUUGCGGCCUUUGUAUCAUGCUGGCUGGCAUCAACAUCACCUUGGUGGGAGCUUUUGCCUUUGGCACCUUCAACCCCCCCAUCAUCAUAGGGCCUCUUCUCUUACUAGUAGCGCUGGCUUUCUUUACAGCAUGCUGUGUGGUUGGCAGAAGACGCCCGGCUCACAUGGUUAAUAAAACCAAAGGUGGGGAAACAUGGGGACUGAUGGGUGUGGGGACAGCAGCUUUUGAGAUGGAAACCAGUGAGCACACUCUUCAGGACACGACAGCUGUUCAGCUGAGCCCUACAAACUCCCUUAACUCCUUUCAUGAGUCUGGCUCCAUCUACGGGGCUGCCGCCGCUCCUCCUUCCUGUCAGGAUGAAGCCGAUGAACUGCAAAUAUCAGAGGAUAUGUUCCAGGGCCAGGAAAGGAAAUGGCAGCUUGUUCGUAUAAUUAUUUAUGUAAAGGGCAAAAAACCAAACGGAAAAAAAGCAGCAUCCAUUUAAAAGAGAUUCUCCUGUAUUAGUAUCCCCUGGACUGAAUGUGGUUAGUGUUUGCAGGACUACACUGCAGAGAGAAGAGAUUCCACCAAACCUCUCUGAGUGGUAAAAGCUGCUCCUGUACAAACCUCUGCUUCAUUUUCUCACAAAACCGUGACAUAAUUGUUGCUGUGUGCUGAGCUGUGUAACA